CAGUAAUCUGAGUCUCCAGGAAUGCCAGGGAAGCCUCUUCAGGAGAUCAGAGAUGGAGUUACAAACAUUGCGUCUGCAAGCUGAGGUGGAAGGAGGCUGAGAAAUGAGGAAGACCACACACUCCUUGUUGGCCCAGAGCUGGCGUACAGCAGCAGGACCCUUUCCCUUAUGGGGAAUAAAGUGCAUCCACUGAAGUACGCUUUGAUGUGUGUGUCCUGAUGUUUUUUGCAUCCUCCCAGACAGUCCAUCCCCAUAACAUUGUGGCUUUUUUGUACCUGCUGGCUGCUUGGCAGCUUCAUCACCCAAAGCUGGGUACAGGGUGCUGCUGCCAUGAGGGACUUGGUUCAGCGCAUGGUGCUAAAGACACACCCGUGUCAUGAGUGCGGCAAAUCCUUCAGCAAGAAGGGAAACCUGAAGAGACACCAGCGGAUCCACACGGCAGAAGAGCUCUUCACUUGCGGGGAGUGUGGGAGGCGCUUCACCACCCAGGGCCACCUCACGACCCACCAGAGCAUCCACACAGGAGAGAGGCCCUUCUGCUGUGGGGAAUGCGGGCGCUGCUUCCGCCUGGAGAUAUGCCUGGCUGCCCACCAGAAGACACACACCAAGGGUGGUCCCUACCUCUGUGCCCACUGUGGCAAGAGCCUGAGCACAAAGAUCUACUUCAACAUCCACAUGCGGACCCACACGGAGAAGAGGCCAUUUGCCUGCACAGAGUGUGGGAAGAGCUUUGUGAAGAAGGGGACCCUCACUGCCCACAAGGAGAUCCACAAGAGGGAGAAGCCCUUCAAAUGCCCCGACUGCAGUAGGUGCUUUGGGCAAAGCGCCACUCUACUGGCCCACCAGAAGAUACACCUUCGCGGGGGGCCUUUCAUUUGUACUGAGUGUGGGAAGAGCUUGAGCACCAAGCGGUAUUUCAAUGUCCACCAGAGGAACCAUGCAAAGCAAAAGCCACCCAAGGGACACAUCAAUGUUGUGUCUCUCCAGGCCAUCCAGAUUAAAGAGGAGCCUGAUUUUGCCUUCAGGUUAGAGGAGAAUAUGUUGGAGAAUAUGUUCUGUGAAGGAGAUGUAGCCCAAGGGUGUAGCAUACCUAGAAACCCAUGUCAUGCAAAAAGCCCUCCUUGGAAAAUUCAGAUGAAGGAGGAACCAGAACCACCCACUGAUGACACAGAAAACAUUACUGCAAUAGCCUGCCAGAAACUUUACAUCAAGGAAGAGCCACCAGAAAACCCAGACUAUGGAAAGCUCUUUGAUCCAGAGAUCCCACUGAUGGCUUUACAGGGGAGACAGCUUAAAAAGGAAGAAGAUGCUGAUGGGCAGCAUGAACGGGAAGUCCCUGUAGCCUGUAACCGGGUGCUCCAUGUGAAGGAAGAACCACAGGAAAGCAUUGAGUUUGGGAUGCAUUAUGGACACAAGCCAAACCUCAGUGCUAUCCAGAGGAUCCAGAUUAAAGAGGAACCUGGUGUGGAGGCCAACCACCAGGAGAGUCAGAGCCCAAAGAGGAAGCAAGAGAAAUCCUAUCAGCCCACCAAAGAGGAGAUGCUGGAGAACCGCGAGAAAUCCACAUCCAAGAAAGAUCCUUCAGCAAAAGGAGCUCUGAAAGGUGAACGGAUAUUCCCCUGUCCCGAGUGUGGGAAGAGUUUCAAUCAGAAAUCAAACCUGACCAGACACAGGAAGAUUCACAUGAGCGAGGGGCAGUACAAAUGCAGCGAGUGCGGGGAGAGUUUCCGCAUGAACCGCAAGCUGAUCCGCCACCAGCGAGUCCACAUGAGUGAACCCUUCAAAUGCACCGAGUGCGGGAAGAGCUUCACCCAGAGGUCGAAUCUGGUUCGGCAUCAGAGGAUUCACACCAAGGAGGAGCCCUACCAGUGCCCUGAGUGUGAGAAGACCUUCAACCAGAAGGCCAACCUCUUCCGUCACCAAACAAUCCAUGUCCGCAUGGGGCCUUGCAAGUGCACCAAGUGUGGGAAAUACUUCCCCCAUAAGCGCCACCUGAUUAAACACCAGCUGCUCCACUCCCGAGGUGGGGCCUACAAGUGUGGGGUCUGUGGGAAGCGCUACCGGCUAAAGAAGUACCUGAGGAGGCACCAGAAAAUCCAUGCACGAGAAGGAAUUCCUCCCUGUGCAAAAUGGGGGGGAGGCCACAAGGACCGAACACCACCCAGGCUCCCACCUCUGAAGAACCAGGUGAUGGAACAGCCAGCCAUGAUGACUCUGGAGCUCUUGGAGGUAGAGAAUUUUCUCAGCCGUACUCGGGAGAAGUCGUACACUUGCAUGAUUUGUGGGGACAGUUUUAAGUACAAGGGCAUCCUGGCAGCCCACCAGAAAUUCCAUAAGGAGGAGAUAGAGGCUGAAGGCUGUGAGAAGGAGGAUGAUGCUGGUCAGGCUGGAGAGCUGCAUGACCAGGAAACCAUCAGAGCUGCAGGGAAGGCCAAUGGAGAAGGCUGUAGCAAGCACAGUACACAUAGUGAUCCUGAGAUAAGGGAGAAGCCCCAUGCCUGCACCGAGUGCAGGAAGAGCUUCAGGGUAAAGGUGGACCUCACCAAGCAUCUCCGGACUCACACAGGUGAGAGACCAUUUCCCUGCACCAACUGCAGCAAGAGGUUCAUCACCAAAUCACAACUCAAGGAGCACCAGAGGAUCCACACGGGGGAGAGGCCAUACAAGUGUCUGGACUGUGGGAAAAACUUCACCCAGAAGUCACAGCUCAUUGUGCACCACCGCAUCCACACGGGUGAGAAGCCCUACCAGUGCAGCAGCUGCAAGAAGUGCUUUGUGAACAAGUCACAGCUGGUGGCCCACCACCGGAUCCACACAGGUGACCGUCCCUUCAAGUGCGGGGUGUGUGGCCAUGGCUUCCGCCAGAAGAUCACUCUCAUCAAGCACCAGCGGGUCCACAGUGCCAAGGGUGCCCAGCAGGAUGCCACCAGGGCCAUCAUGGCCAAAUCCACUCCAGCAGGGGAGAAGAUCUUCCAUUGUAGCACUUGUGGGAAGGAGUUCAAGAAGAAGUCAGUGCUGGUGACCCACCAGAGGAUUCACACAGAGGAGGAGCCCUACCCCUGCCCCAUGUGUGGACGGUGCUUCCGGCAGAAAAUCCACCUCGCCCGGCAUCAGUGGACCCAUGAGCAGCCCAAUGCCCUCGUCUGCAGAGCCUGUGGGGACCACUUUGGCAGCAAGAGGGAGAUGCUGCGGCACCACCAGGGCCACCAUGCCCAGCAGGCCCCCCACACCUGCACUACCUGUGGAAAGAGCUUCAGCCAGAAGGUCGGCCUCACAGCCCACCACCGCGUCCAUGUGCGGGAGGAGACCUCCAGUAUUGCAGAGGGUGGGCAGUCCACCACCACUCUCAGUGGUAUCCAUGCAUGUGGGCAGUGUGGGAAGGUGUUCACCAAGAAGGGCAACCUGGCCAACCAUCAACGGGCUCAUGCCGAGGGCCGGGGUCACCACUGUGGGGCUUGUGGCAAGGACUUUGCCAAACGGGGGGAACUUACCAAGCAUGAGCGGACCCACACCGGGGAGAAGCCCUAUGGGUGCAGGCAGUGUGGCAAGUGCUUCACCCAGCGCACCCAGCUGGUCACCCACCAGCGUGUCCACACUGGUGAGCGGCCCUAUCCCUGCAGUGAAUGUGGCAAGCGCUUCGGUGACAAGUCACGCCUCACCGUCCACCAGCGCAUCCACACCGGUGACCGGCCGUUCCCUUGCCCUACCUGCGGCAAGGGCUUCCGCCAGAAGAUCGCCUUGGUCAAGCACCGCCACAUCCAUGAGCGUGGCAGGGACAAAGGAGGCAGCAAAGGCAUCAGUGCCAACACCAACGCCAAUGCUGACACCAAUGUCAAUGGCAAUGCUAAUGCCAAUGCUAAUGCCAAUGCCAAUGUCAAUGCCAAAACCAAUGCUAGUGUCCAGACCAACACCAAUGCUAAUGUCAAUGCCAAAGUGGCUGGCAAAGAUGAGGAGAGUCUGGCAGUCCCCUGUCAGCAGCUGCCCAUUGGCAAGCAGCCCUUUUCCUGCAGCGAGUGUGGGAAGGGCUUUGCCCAGAAGGCCCAGCUGGCAGUCCACCACCGCAUCCACACUGGGGAGCGCCCCUUCUCCUGUGCCGACUGCCCCAAAGCCUUCAUCGACAAGUCCCGUCUCAUCGUCCACUGCCGCACCCACACUGGCGAGCGCCCCUUCCCCUGCGCUGCCUGUGGACGAGCCUUCACCCAGAAGGUCGCCCUCACCACCCACCAGCGGGUCCACAUACGGGAGCACCAGCCACCGCAAGCCCCAGUUCCCCUCGGACCCCAAGAUGAGAAGUGGCCCUUCACCUGUGCUGUCUGUGGGAGAGGUUUCCUCAAGGAGAUUGCCCUCAUCACCCACCAGCGAGUCCAUACCAAGUAUGAGCCUAACCGCUGCAGCAAGUGUGGACAGGUCUUCCCUGACCGGACCCAACUCCGGCUCCACCAGCCCUCCCAUGCUGAGGACCGGCCAUUCAAGUGUGCCACAUGUGGGAAGGACUUCAAGAGGAAGGAGAUCUUGAUUACCCACCAACGGGUCCACACAGGAGAGGCACCCUUCCAGUGCCCUCAGUGCAGCAAAAGCUUCUCACAGAAGGCCAACCUCAUGAAGCACCAGCUCACUCACACCCGCCGGGGCCCAUUUAUCUGCUCAGACUGUGGGCAAAGCUACACCACCAUUGGACAUUUCAAGAGGCACCAGAGAAGCCACCUCAAAAAGCAAAGCCCUCCUGGUGAGGUAGAGGAGGCCCCUGAGGACCUGGCAACCAGCCGUGUGCCACCAGAGCCAGCGUGUGGCCACAGCAGCCCCAUCAUUGUGGUGAAGACAGAGGCCGAUGCUGAUGACUAUGAGGUCCUACAGAUCCCAUGAUGGCAAGGAUCAAGCACUCAGGGAGGGAAGGGCUGAUGCCUGCUCACUUGGGAUGGGGAUCCUGUGUCUGCCACCAAGGUCCACAGUCCCCUGGGAGCAUCUCACAAUAUUUGGUGGGAGACAGGAGUGAAAAACCUGGGAGGAUCUGGACUUCAGCACACAGCAAUCCCUGAUUCAAACCUCAGUCAAAAUUGGCUGACACAAUGUGAAAUUUGAGGGCAGGGGAGGGAUAUAAAUACAUAUUUUGAGGGAAUUUUUAUAUCUUUUAUAUGAGUCCUCAUUUCAAGAGGGUUUUUUUUUGUUUUUUGCUAACAGGAGGGCUGAGAAGCUCAUUUUUUUAAAGCAAGUAAAUGAAAUCUGUGAUUUCGGAUAUAUUCACAUGACACCAAGAGCUGGAGCUCUAAAAAAAAAAAAAAAAGAAAGGUCCAAAAAUCUCACCAAACAUUAUGAGGCUUAGCAUCACCAACUUCCUGGCAGGAGCCAGAGCAGACCAUCGUUGGUCCUAGCCUUCCAGCAGCUGACACCAGCACCGACCAUCCUGCAGACGUGUGGAGCAGUGCAGGGUGUGCUACUGUGGAAAAAUUGUAGCCAGAAAUAAGGGAGGAUGUCAUGGCCAAGGGACUCAGGGAUGGGGACCCCACUGGCACCUGGGGAAGGGCCACUGGGCUCUGUAACACUCCUCGUGGAGGACAAACACCCACCCACAUGGCUUAGUUUACAGAUCCAGAGUAAGAGCCCUGGCUGGGAACUAAUGCAGAGUUUAUAUGAAGACAUCAUUUUUCCUAGUUUAAAAUAACCUCAUGCAUGGGUUGAUUGUGCAGGAUAAUCCCUGGGCAUAUUUAUUAUGGAGUUAGGGCGUUCGUUGCACAGCCACAGUUUCAGAGCAGCAUUUGGGAGGUUGCCAGACUGGUUUCUUGCACCACGUGCUCAGUUGCAACGCCGAGAUGUGGCUCCUAAAACUGGAGAGCGCUGGUCUGUGGCACGUACAGCUGCACUGAGGUAGGGAGAAACCCUCUACAACUGUCCUGUGUGUCACACAUUUGCAGUCGUGACCAGAGUAUGGCACCAGCAAAAGGUGCGUUUAGUUGCUCUGUCAAGAAAAGGAGGCGUUGGGUUGCUCCCAGCACCCCACCAACCCAGGAGGAGCUGGGGGUCAGCAGAGGCUGUGCCCACCACUGGUGUGGAUGAGCCUCACCACAUCUGGCGUGGACUCUGGCCCUUUGGGCUGCACUGUCCCAUAGGACCCCUGUGACCCAGCUUAGUGACGCGGAGGCCACCUCCAAGGUGCACCUCGGAGGCCACCUGGCCAAGCCAACUUGCUGUUCAGAGUGGUUUUGGGGGAGAAGGAAGGGCUUUGCUGGACAAUCACUUAAAGUGCCACUUCAGACUUGCUGGGGGAGUUCAGUUGCUUUUGCACCCUGGACAUUACUGCCAGAGCUCGCUUCCGCACCAGCAAGAAGGGGGUUCGCCACCCCCUCCCCAGAGCUGGGUGCUCCCUGUACCCACAGCAGCACCCUCCACCCUCCCGCUCCCUCCUUAGCAGCCAGGUUUUGCCUUCGAGGUUGCUCGAAGGCGGCGAGGCAGACCACCAUGUCCAUGCAAUGCUAACUUUCGGUAGCUGCACGUGCCUUCGGAGCUCAAGCAGCCCCCCCAUUAGAAUUACGCGGUGUGAAAUGAUCCCGUUCCCCCCCGUGCUUACAGCAGCUCUCACCGCUGCUGGAUUCGGCGUGCGCCCUGCGCUCCAUCCCCCAGCGCAGCCCCUGCUGCUCUAUGUCCUGUCCAUUAAAUUAAUAUCCUGCCAUUAACGACGGUAGAGAGCUCCGAUGCCACGAAGCGAUAGCAGGAGCUGAAGGAAGGAUCAAUGGCACUAAUAGCUUGCAAAAACUGGGCCAGUUUGUCUUCAAACCCUGCGUAAUCACCAGCCGAGCCAAACGGAUAGUUACACAAAAUUAAGGAUCGUUUUCAUUUUAUUCUUUUUUUUUUCCUCUCAGUAGAUCAAUUUGAUUUUGAAGAUUUCCUUCAGCAUUUCUGUUGUUUUAAUCGGCUUUUAUUUCCUCCAUUUGUUUCGCCGGCAGCAAAUUCAUCAACUCUAAAUAGGUAGACUGAUAACAGACCGUGAUAACAGUACACUAUACUAUUACAUGAAAAGCAGGGAAUUAAAUCAUUCACUGGAAAACAGGCCAUGGUGGAAGACUGCUGCUUCCUGAAAGCCUUGUAUCCUUUUAAGCUUGCUUUUUUUGUGCAAGAUGUUCUUGCUCCAGUAAUUUUUGCACCGUUGUGCCCUAUUUCUGCAAGCUAAAGGGACAGCGAGCGGGCGCGUAGGCUCAGCCCUCACUGACUGGUUGCCCCCGCCUUGUCCCUUACUUGGGUGUUUUCUCUCAGGAAUUAAAUGACAGGGAGGAAUAAAUUAUCCAGCCCCCCCUUUUCUAACUGAUCCUGAUUUCUUUAACUCACAUUAUGUCUUGCUAAUAAACCCGCUGCACAUAAACAAACUCGAGCUGGGGAUGAUCAGAAAGCGGCUACGUAUGUCGCAUGGAAAACUUCUGCCCUGAUUAGGUGACUGCUUUUCCAAACAGGGGGAUUAUGAGUGAUGAGUAACAGACCAUGUUACUUGGAGCACGGAUACAAGGAGAAAAGGCUUUGCCUAAGCAAUUUUCAAAAAAGACCCGGGAGGACAAAUAGUAGAGCAUGAGCACGGCCCAGUUGGAGCCUCCUUUGGGGAACAGGAGCAGCUCUGUGUUUAGGAGCUGUGGAUGGGAAGUUUUCUAUUGGCUUUCUAGGAAAGUUUGACUGCCAUGGGGUGAAUGAAGAGGAGUUCUUAGUCUAACAAAGUCUCUCACUUGCAAAUCUUCCCAAUGUCAAGUAAGAAAAUAAAACAAAUUGGGAAUAUAUCUAUUUUUGCCUAACUCAGUGGUCCACCAUGCUCUGGGCCUGGCUUCGUCUCACCUGAAUUCGUGUCUCUACAGCACAGGUGUAGACAUCUGAGCCGGUCAUAAAAUCAAAGGAGAGAAAGAGGGAGAUGGAGAAAGUGAUUUUUCUGCCCUAUUUAGAUGUCCAUUCUGAGAUGAGACUCCAGGACUUCAUUGACGCUACUGGCUACAUCCCCACGGGCUGCAAAGGGGAGCCGGGCUCAGAGGGAGACAUCCCCACCGGUUCAUGGUGGGUUUAGCCCACGGCAGCCAAUCUAUUUGGGAAAAGAGCAGGGGCUGUAGGGGCACAGGCUGCGACAGUCAGCAGUUACUAGACAUAAUUGGCGCACAGAGUCAGCGCUGCAGAUGCCUCUGAUGCAAGAACAUCCCAGCCCUUAACAAUUUGCUUGCUGUGCUGCACCAUGCAGGUGAAGUUCAACCUGCAAACAGUCCUGGCUGCGUGUGGCUUCCCAAGGGAGUGAGCUGGUGCAGACAGGGGUGUGGAAAGGCCAGUAUAAUCCACACAGAGGGAGAUGAUUAUUUCCCAGGUAUAUUUUUUAUUACUUUGCUUUUAUUUAUUGGUAGGCGGAAGGGAGCCGUGCAGGAGAUGGAGGAACUAGCAGGAGUUGUGGACACCCACUGAAAUAUUAACAUAUGAGCUGAUGUUAUUUGCUGUUCUUCCCAAUGCUUUCUUUAAAAAGAAAAAUAAAUUACAUUUUUGCAAUUGUC